AUGAGCAAGAACCCCUCUCUCCCCGAGCUCGAGCCCCCAAUCAACAUAAAAGAUGCCCUCGCAGAGCAGCGCAGCGACUUUGACUGCCUUCCCUGCCGACUAAUGGGCUCCACGGCAUUCGCAGGUCUAGGAAUCUACUCAUACGCAUCCGGAAUGAAACAACUACGAGAGCGCGAAUACGAGAUUUUGAAAUCCGGCUCCAAAUUCGGGAUGCGCUCAAGACGGGCAGGUAUCUAUGCUAUUUCUGCGACGCUGGUUGGAUUGGGGGUUUAUAGGUUGCAGAACUAG